AUGGCAGAACACCCCUCAUUUACACUUGCUGGCCUACUUUCCGUAGGCGGAACAGCCGGCUACCUUCGCACGCGGUCAACACCAUCUCUAAUCGCAGGUCUCGUGCUUGGCGCGUCUUAUGGCUACUCUGGCUACCUGAUCAAGGAGAACAAGGACUACGGCACUGAGCUUGCGCUAGGAAACAGCGUGGUUCUACUUGGAUCAGCGAUCCCAAGAAUCAUCAAGACCGGUGGACGGGCACCUGUGCCAAUUGCGCUUGGUGCCACCGGGCUACUUGCCACAUACUACUACCAGAAAAAGGUGCGCGAAUUCAGGUACGGCGUAUAG